AUGGUGUCCUUCCUUUCCUGCCUGCUUGCGCUCCUAGCAGUGCAUUGGGCCGUGAUAGUGUGGCGCCGAUGGUCGAUACAUAAUCGCACGCAGCGAUUUGUGCGCGACCAGCGCCGCAAGGCCGGGAUCCCAGACUCGGAUAAACGCCCACUCAGCGUUGCGGCCGCGGAUGCGGCAAAGCAGCGACAGGAAGCGUUUCAAAAACAACUGCAGGAGUGUUCGGACGUGUUUGGGCCCGCCCAGCCCGCACCUACAGCUCCCACAGGCACGCGUGCAGCGCAUGCGCCGAGCCGAGCGCCGUCGGGCGCACAACACGCCGCAAUCGCGCCGCAGCGCACGGCGCUAUUGGGGCCGCGCUUGCACGCAUACGAGCCAGAGACGUUUUAUGGUCCCUUGCAGCCCACUCCAGGUGCAAAGCGGGGUCAUGCAGAGACCGAGCCGCAGCGCACGACAAAGCGCGGCCGUGUCGAGGCGCAAGCGGCGCCAAGUAGCCGGAAACGGCACGCAGAUACUGCACCUGAGGCGGAUGGGACGCGCAGUGCAGAUGCGCGCGAGGUGCGGCGCAAGGUCGAGUCCGACGAAGAUAGCCAUGACUCUGCGUCUUCCUCCGAAAUGUCGGUCGAUGCGGAGGAGGAGCCAGAGAGGGCCGUGCGUUUGAAAAAGCGAUCUGUAGAUACCUCGGACGAUCAUGCGCCCGGCGACGAAUGGCACGAUGCAAACGGCCUGCGCUGGAGGAUUGGCGAUGAUGGCGUGCCGCGCCGCGCCGUGCUGCUUGUGGAAAUGAAGCCCAAGUUCAAAAUGCCGCGCGAUACAAUCCAUCCGGACGCGCGUGCAAAAGUACCAACCUACACGGAAAAGUUUCUCUCCCACGAAGAGUACGAGGAUGCGAAGCGGAAAAAGAUCCUUAGCUGGCAGCACCAACUUGCGAUGGCACAGACGAAUGCGGCCAUGUCCCCGCUGAGCUUUGAGUCCGAUGACAACGUUGAAGACAGUCUCGCAAGCCUGAAAACACGACGUGCUCGCGGACAGGCGCGCAAGAACAAAGGAGCAGAGCUGCUGUUCAGCGAGCAGGCACGCUCACCGCACUCAUACGCAGGCUCUACCGCAGGCAUCGAGUCGUUUGGCACAUCGCUCAGCGACGUGAGUGGCGGAGGCGACCUCUCUUUUUCUUCCUCGGUAGGCAGCGAGAUCAGCAGCGCGUCUGGCUCGCGACGCCUGCGCCUCGGCCUCUCGCCUGCGCCACCCAACAUGCUGGGACAGCGUUAUGCACGUAUUUUUGCUGCUUCUCCUUCGCCACUGUCGCCCGCGCGUGCCACUCUGGAUCAUGCUGCACGGCGCAAGCGCGAAGAAGCUCUCAUGGCGCGUAUUCGCGCGGACCGAGCGCCUCGCGAGGUCGCGGAGGAAAAAACAGUGGUGCCCACCACGGCCGCACCGUCCGCCGAGCAAAGCGUCAAUCUUACCGGCAAACCCAAUACCCAAUCGAGCACGCGCUUUUCCUUCAAGAAACCCGAGACCCAAGCGCCGGACGCCUUGUCUUGUAGCAAAUAG